CACAGUGUUUGUGCCGGAAGGCCCGUGGGUCAGCAAGCUGAGAGGGAAACUGAGGCAAGAUGUCGGGCCGGAGCGGGAAGAAGAAAAUGUCCAAGCUGUCCCGGUCAGCCAGAGCUGGGGUCAUCUUCCCGGUGGGCAGGCUGAUGCGCUACCUCAAGAAAGGGACAUUCAAGUACCGGAUCAGCGUGGGUGCCCCCGUGUACAUGGCAGCCGUCAUUGAGUACCUGGCAGCGGAAAUUCUCGAGUUGGCCGGGAAUGCCGCAAGGGACAACAAGAAGGCCCGGAUAGCACCGCGACACAUCCUGCUAGCAGUGGCCAAUGACGAAGAGCUGAAUCAGCUGCUCAAAGGAGUGACCAUUGCCAGUGGGGGUGUCCUGCCCAGGAUUCACCCCGAACUGCUGGCCAAAAAGCGAGGGACCAAAGGCAAGUCGGAAACCAUCCUCUCCCCUCCUCCAGAGAAAAGAGGGAGGAAGGCCACAUCGGGCAAGAAGGGAGGCAAGAAAUCCAAGGCUGCCAAACCACGGACGUCCCAGAAGUCCAAACCAAAGGACAGUGAUAAAGAAGGCACUUCCAACUCCACCUCUGAAGACGGGCCAGGGGAUGGAUUCACCAUUCUGUCUUCGAAGAGCCUUGUUCUGGGGCAGAAGCUGUCCCUGACCCAGAGCGACAUCAGCCAUAUUGGCUCCAUGAGAGUGGAGGGGAUUGUACACCCCACCACAGCCGAAAUCGACCUCAAGGAAGACAUCGGGAAGGCCUUGGAAAAGGCAGGGGGAAAGGAGUUCUUGGAAACCGUCAAGGAGCUUCGCAAAUCCCAAGGCCCUUUGGAAGUUGCUGAAGCUGCCGUCAGCCAGUCCAACGGACUUGCGGCCAAGUUUGUCAUCCACUGUCACAUCCCUCAGUGGGGCUCUGACAAGUGCGAAGAGCAGCUCGAAGAGACCAUCAAGAACUGCCUGUCAGCCGCCGAGGACAAGAAGCUCAAGUCCGUGGCAUUUCCCCCCUUCCCCAGUGGCAGAAACUGCUUCCCCAAACAGACGGCAGCGCAGGUGACCCUACGAGCCAUCUCGGCCCACUUCGACGACUCGAGCGCGUCCUCGCUGAAGAACGUCUACUUCCUGCUCUUCGACAGCGAGAGCAUUGGCAUCUACGUGCAGGAGAUGGCCAAGCUGGACGCCAAGUAG